UAAAUCAGUCGAUUCGUACGACAUCACCCAUCACAUAUUCCUUUCCACAAUGUCAAUCUGGUUGGUCUUGGCAGCCAAUGCUGUGCAAACUAUGUUGAUCAUCUUCACUGUCGCUUAUUCUUCCUCAAACUCGUGGAUACGACCUGCGAUUUUCCCACUUCUAGCAUGGCUAAGCCUGCAAAUCCUACCUCUCAACCGCGGCGGCUUACCCAGCAAACUGCUGGCUGGCUGUGUAUCUAUCAACACAGUUGCUUCAAUGUGCCAAUAUCUGGACGUAGCUCUCAUCAGUCGGUGGUCCUUUGCAGCUGGGGGCCCGACGUCUCGACGUGGCGGCACACAGAAUGUUUUCAAUGCCAGCGAAAAGCUUGCGUCAACCGCUACUGACACUGAUAGUCUGUGGACGCGAUUUAAAUGGGGGUUCUUUGCUUACUCGGCCUGGCGUGCUCCAGCCACUCCUUGGCAGGUCAAGAACGUACCGGCAUUCGACCCGCACAACCCCAAUGUGGUCCCAUCCCGGUCUAGGUUUCUCACUCAUACCCUAAAGAAGUUCCUUCUUUGCGUACUCAUCAUAGACUUCCUGAGUAUGGCUCCGCAGGACCCCAAGCGUCAUGCCGACAUAUUUGCGGACAAUAAGGUUAGCUUCUUCGGUCGCUGGACCGCCAUCUCAGCUGAAGACAUGAUCAUCAGAGUUGUGGUCACAUUGGUGGGCUGGACGUCCAUUUAUUGCGUUCUGCAAAUGACGUACUGCACCCUGUCGAUUGUAGCCGUCGCUACACACUUGACGGGUGUUGAAGUAUGGCCUCCCAUCAUGGGCUCUUUCAGCGACAUCUAUUCGAUUCGUAGGUUCUGGGGCUGCUUUUGGCACCAGACAUUCCGUCAGCGUAUCGGCAGCCCGGCAUAUUUCUUAACGUACAACAUUUUUCGUUUGCGCCGAGGUGGUCUGACUGGACGAUAUCUCAAUUUAUUCCUGUCGUGGAUCAUAUCCGGCGCCCUGCACGUUGCAGAAGAGUACGGCGCUGGCGUCGACCUUGGCCAAAGUGGCUCUAUGCGCUUUUUCUGCACGCAAGCUGCAGGUAUCGUACUUGAAGAUGCAGUUGGUGCUGUUUUUCGCCGCUUCACGGUACCACGUCAAAGACGGUGGACGAAAUUCGUUGGGUACGUGUGGUUCGCGUGUUGGAUGAUUUGGUCGUCGCCCGCAUGGUUAUAUCCAAAGUUGCGCAACAACAAGGGCGGAGCGAGUGAUCAAUUCUUGCCCUUCAGUAUUUUGGGGUUUGCCAUCGCUCGAAUUUGA